AUGAUUAUUUUUUUUUGCCUGCUCCUAUACUCUGUUAAGAGUCAGAUUUUUACAAUUCCUAUUUUAUAUAGUCAAAACACUGAUACCUGAAUUAUUGACUAUUUUGUAAAGACUUUGGAUUGCUCAUUAAACAAUUUAGCAGGCUGCGACUUAUCUAGGCCUUAUCAAUAUCAAGCUAUUGAAAUCAAUGGUGUUUCAGAUAUAGAGCAAGCUUUUUCAAAUUCUGACUAUUUAUUUGUAUAUGACUCAACUUGGUCUCUUAGCAUGUCUUCAUUAGUAAGCCAAUACGCAAUAGAAUAUGGGUUCAUACACUUCAUUUAUGGCAAUACACCAGAAAAUUCUUUACCUUAUGUUUUCUAUACCGACUAUUCAUUUAGUCAAUACCGCGAUUUUGCAAUAAAUUUUGCCAAAAUCUAUGGAAUCACAAAAGUAAUCGCUAUUAUUACAAGUGAUUUUAUUGGGAUGGAUUUUACUAAUGACAAAGGAAUAGAAAUUGUAGCCCAAUACACAAUUCCUGAAUCAGUCCCUUACGAAUACAUUUUUUCAUUAAUUUCAAGAGAAAUCAAGCCAUUUGGCGUUAAAUGGCUUUUCUUUCAAACAAAUGCAGCGAUUUCUUAUUUAAUUCAGCAAGCCUUAGUAGAAGCUGAUAUGGACAAAGAAGGAUAUACUUAUAUUUAUUUGCAGGAAGCAGCCUGAAGUGCUUAUUUAAAAGGCUCAAUUUUAUUUGAGGCAAGAUCCUAUCAUAGCACUGGACUUCAUGAUUUUAUUGAAAAAUUAAUUUAUAAUACAUCUUUGCUCCUAUAUCAAAUUGUUGCAGAUAAUAAUAUACAAGGGUCGUAUUCAGCUUAUGCAUUGAAUAAAUAUGUGCAGAAAAUUUUUACUAUUGAUACAAUUGCAUGCAGUAUUUGAAAUAUACAGAGCGAUGGGAGUUUGGCAGCAGUAGGACUAAUAAAUGGAAAAGGGUUGCAACUGUAUGAUAAAUGGGUUGACAUGAAUUUAUAACAAUGUUGUAAAUUACAGUAAAUUUUGCUCCUAUAAAAGUGACUGUAAAAAUUUUUUUUUCAAAUUUGCAUGAAAAAACAACAUUGGAAGAAAAAAAAUUUUUAAAAACAUACAUGAAAAAACAGCAUCAUAAAUUUUUUGCUCAUUUUUCCAUGAAAAAAACAGCAUUCAACAAAAAGUAUGAAAUCGUUAAUUUAUAAUAUUGAAAAGAGAAAUCGCUAAAUAAAAUUGAGGAUAAAUACUAGAUAACUUAUUAAUUAUUAGUCUAUAUAAUAAAGAUCAAAUGAGUUAAGAAAAUAUAUUGUACCCCAAUCAGAGCUUGAUUUUGCUAUUUAAAAUGUUUAUGCUCCAAAAAAUUGCAUGAAAAAACCCGGAAUUUUUUUUUAAUUUAUGUGAUGUGUAUGCAAUAGAGCAUUCAAAAUAAUGUUUAAUAACUGUUAUAUACUCUUCUAACAAUUAUAUCUUUUUCUUUUAAAAUGAAAAGAGCAUUAUUCCUAACAAAUAAUAUAAGUAAUGUUUAAAAUAAAAAAUUAAUCGCCUCAAAAAUUUGCAUGAAAAAAUCCGAAACUUAAUUUUAAAAACAAAAAAUUGCAUGAAAAAAACAACAUAUGGUUUUUUGAAGAGCCAAUAAUUGCAUGAAAAAACCCAUGAUGGAUUUUUUUUUCUUAAAAAUUGCAUGAAAAACAACAAUUAAUUUCUAAAGAAAUAUAAUGAAUUUUUUAAUAAAAAAAGGGAAUUGAGGUUUAGCAGCUUUGAUAAUAAUAAUAUAUUUGUUUCUAAACAAUUUUUAAACGCGAUUUCUAACAUAUCUGUAAAUAUAUUACAUACUUUAUCUCUCAUCUAUGGCAAAUACAUUUUUUAAAGCGAAUUACUAGAUAAAUAUGCCUAAUUUAGCUAUAUUAUCUUCACUUUAAACAUAAAUCUAGCAUAAAUUGCUAUAAAAAGGGGUAAAUCACAAGAGAGAUCAAUAAUUGUUUGUAUCAUUGAUUUAUUUUUUAUUUUAUUAAUUUUUAUUUUAUUUUAUUUAUUUAUUUAUUUAUUUAUUUAUUUAUUUAUUAUUUAUUUAUUUAUUUAUUUAUUUAUUUAUUUAUUUAUUUAUUUAUUUAUAAAUUAAUUUUUCUAAAAUUGAUCAAAGAUAAAAGCUUUAUAUUUAGAGAUUGCAUGAUAAAUAACAUUGGAACCGCAUAUGAACUAAUAUACUUCAAUUUCUAUCGACGCUAAUAUACAAUGUAUUUGAAAACAAUAUAAUUGCAACAUAUACUGUAUCCACCUUAUAGCUUCCCAUAGGGUUAAUUUAUCACUUCUCAAUCGAUUUUUAUCGAUUUCAAAUGUUUUAGAUUAGCUAAAUUUAUUUUGCAUUUCAGGCAAACUUGAGUUGACUUGUCAAAUCAUUUUUGACAAGAAAAAUGGGCGAAAUUGUCGAUAGAUUAUCAAAAAACUAAGGGCAUUCAAAGGACGAUCAAUAUCAGUUUGACUUAUAUAUUUAUUAUAAAUUUUAAAUAGAUAUUUAAAGUUUUAAUAAAUAAAUAAAUAAGUAUUAUAAACGACCUAAACACAUUGAUUUAAAAUUAUCAGUGAUAGAUUAUGUAAUGAUAUUGAAAUAUUAAACCACCAUUAAUUUCUUUGCGAUAUACCAGUUUUUUUAUAGCAAUUUAUGCUAGAUUUAUGUUUAAAGUGAAGAUAAUAUAGCUAAAUUAGGCAUAUUUUAUCUAGUAAUUCGCUUUAAAAAUGUAUUUGCCAUAGAUGAGAGAGAUAAAGUAUGUAAUAUAUUUACAGAUAUGCUAGAAAUCGUGUUAAAAUUGUUUAGAAACAAAUAUUUAUUAUAUCAAAGCUGCUAAACCUCAAUUCCCUUUUUUUAUUAAAAAAUUCAUUAUAUUUCUUUAGAAAUUAAUUGUUGUUUUUCAUGCAAUUUUUUUAAGAAAAAAAAAAAUCCAUUCAAAAAAACCAUAUGUUGUUUUUUUCAUGCAAUUUUUUGUGUUUUUAAAAUUAAGUUCGGGUUUUUUCAUGCAAAUUUUUUGAGGCGAUUAAUUUUUUAUUUUAAACAUUACUUAUAUUAUUUGUUAGGAAUAAUGCUCUUUUUCAUUUUUAAAAGAAAAAAGAUAUAAUUGUUAGAAGAGUAUAUAAACAGUUAUUAAACAUUAUUUUGAAUGCUCUAUUGCAUACACAUCACAUAAAUUAAAAAAAAAAUUCCGGGUUUUUUCAUGCAAUUUUUUGGAGCAUAAACAUUUUAAAUAGCAAAAUCAAGCUCUGAUUGGGGUACAAUAUAUAUUUUCUUAACUCAUUUGAUCUUUAUUAUAUAGACUAAUAAUUAAUAAGUUAUCUAGUAUUUAUCCUCAAUUUUAUUUAGCGAUUUCUCUUUUCAAUAUUAUAAAUUAACGAUUUCAUACUUUUUGUUGAAUGCUGUUUUUUUCAUGGAAAAAUGAGCAAAAAAUUUAUGAUGUGUUGUUUUUUCAUGUAUGUUUUUAAAAUUUUUUUUUUUCUUCCAAUGUUGUUUUUUUCAUGCAAAUUUGAAAAAAAAAAUUUUUACAGUCACUUUUUUAUAGGAGCAAAAUUUACUGUAAUUUACAACAUUGUUGUAAAUUCAAUUCAGCCCAUGAUAAAUUGAUGUUUCCAGGAAAGACUUAUGAAGCCCCGAAUAACGAAAAAAUUAAAAUUCCUAUAAGUAUAAAUGGAGAAAAUAGUGUGAACCAAUAUGGUGCUAGUUUUGCAGUAGAAACAAUUAAAAGUGAAGCAGUUUUAUUGCCAAAUUUUCAUAUUAUAAUGAACAAUAUCACUUGUGAUUUUGAUAAUAAUUCAGUAUAUAGCUGUUUUUUAAAUCAUACAGCAGAUUUAGGGUAUUUUCAUCUACCAAAAGCAGAUACAAAGAUUACUGAAGAAACUGUCGAUUUUUUUCAAUCAAUAAAUGUAUCGAUACCAGUUCUAGGCGCCGAAACAUCAAUUAAAAUGAGUAUUCAUAAAUAUUAUCCUCAAUAUUUAAGAGUUUCUUAUCCAAAUUCAAUUACAUCUUCUGCAGUAGCCUUAGUUUUGAGUAUCUUUGGAAUAUCUAAGUGCUCACUAUUAUAUUCAGACUCACAAUGAGGAAGAGAUUUCAAUUCUCAGUUCAUCAAUCAGACUAACUCAUAUGGCCUAACAAUUUUAAAUAAAAUCAGAGUUGUUCCUUUAGGAUUUAACGGCACAAACAAUAUAAUGAUUCAGGAAAUUAUUGAUCUUAAAAGCAGAUAUAUCGUUUUAGAAAUUCAGCAGCCAGAUAUUUUGUAUGUAAUUGAAGCAUUUUAUGAUUUGGGAAUGAGAGAGACUGAUAUUUUUCUUAUUGCAGGAGAUGGAAUGCUAAGCAUAUCCGAUUUGGAUGAAAAGAGGGUUAAUGCAGAUUUAUAUAAAAAACGAAAAGAAAUCAUGAAUGGGCUCAUCUAUGUCAGUUCUUUAGCAUUUCAGAAUCAAAUAGGAUUAAAUAUCAAAAAUAAUUUUUUAUCUCGUUUUGGAUUUGCAUAUGAUAAUAUGUGCCUAUUUUAUGAUGCGGCAUAUCUUGGAAUUUAUGCUAUAAACUCUUUAAUUAAUCGAGGAAUAAACUUAGAAAGCUCAAAAACUCAAAAAGCUAUGAGAGAUGUAAAAUUCACAGGCUGCUCAGGAGUAGUCCAAAUCGCCCAAGAUGGGAAUGACAGACUGACAACAGUUUUAGGGAUUUAUAAUUUAAUUCAAGCUAACUCGACCUGAAAAAUGAGCCUUUGUGGACUCUAUGACCCAAGCCAACUGAUUGUGCUUCAAAUUAAACAAUCUUUUUGGCAGUCUACUGAAGGUCAUAUCCCUAGCGAUAUUAUAGGAGAAGACCAAAAAUGCCCUUUCAAGGAAAGGCAAGUUCAAUCUUUCAUAAAAGGCUACUUUAUUUUGAUAGCAAUUGAAGUUAUCCCAAUAAUAAUUGGGACUGGCUUUGUUAUUAAAUUUUCGGACUUUGUUUUUAAUUUUUCUAUACAAAAGCUUAUGGAUGUUGAAAAAGAAAAUUUUCUUGACUCUUUUUCAUAUAUUAUUGUGCUUAUUGAGUGUUUACAAUAUAUGUAUACAGGAGAUGAGACAAAUAGUUUUUUCCCUCAGCUGUCGGAUUUAACUAAAUUUGUGGUUCUUGAUAUAACUGGCUUGAGUAAUGGCCAUUUUACAUUCUGAAAUCAAUUACUAUUUUUUGAAGGGAUUUCUUUUGCGUGAUUUUUUCUGAUUUUUUGAAAAAAAUAUUCUUUUUAUGUUAAAUAAAAAAAAUAAAUUUCUACUAUUUAUAAACAAAUUAUCCCAAUUUUAAUAAGCAUUUUGGUAUAUAAAAUUGGAGAAAAUUCUAAGAAUUGUAUAACCAUAGGAAUAAAUGACUUUAAUAUGUAUUUAUUGCCUUUUCUUGGCGAUUCACUAUUUUUACCUGUCUGCUUGAAUUUAUUUCAAAGUUUUCAAUGCACUAGUAGCAUUGGAGAUAGUUUUACCGAAAGUUUUCAUAACCAAGACUGUUCAACAUUUUGUUGGAAAGAUAAGCAUAUCUACUAUGUCGUUUUAUCCUCCUGACCCCCCCCCCUCCGUGAGGUGAAGCUAUAA